CAAAUAUAAAAAGGAAUUCCAUAAAUCGGGAAUCAUAUUUGUUGGAAGCUGACUUGUUUCUGCAAUCCUACAGCGUUGUUGGCUAUGCAAGUGCCAUUGUUAAUUCUAGCUCCAAGAGGAACCAGAAAGCCUCGUCUUUUCAACAAGCUCUUCACCACUUGGACCGCCCCACCGCCGCGUGCUACUUGUCUCAUUUCCCACUAUUUUUCUCUUCUCCACUCAUCCCCUGAUUUAACCCAUCUCCGCCACCUCCACGCUCGUUUACUUCGCACCUCUCUCUACGACAAUGUAGUCCUUAGUUCGAAGCUUGUUUUGAUGUAUUCCCAUCACAACAGACUCACCCCUCACUCUCUCUCUACUUUCUUCCACAUGCCAUGUAAGAACAUCUACUCUUGGAAUAUCAUUAUUGGUGAGUUUGCUCGCUCCAAUUUACCCGAGAAAUCUGUGGAUCUGUUUAUUGAUAUGAGGAGGGACUCCCAUUUUCAACCUGAUGAUUUUUCGCUUCCUCUUGUUUUGCGAGCAUGUGCUGGUUCAGGGUUGGGUAAACUGGGGAGUUCAGUACAUGGGUUGUGUGUGAAAAUGGGUCUGGCUGUGAGUUUGUUUGUCGGGUCUGCUUUGGUUUUUAUGUACGUCACUUUUGGUAAUGUGUCUAAUGCUCGAGUAGUGUUUGAUGAAAUGGCUAAGAGAGAUUCUGUGUUAUGGACUGCAUUGCUUUCUGGGUAUGCUCAGAAUGGGGAACCAAAGUUGGGUUUGCAAGUUUUUAGAGAGAUGGUUGAUAAUAGUACAAGAGUUAAGCUUGAUUGGGUUGUUAUGGUGAGUUUGCUUUUGGUGUGUGAUCAAUUGGGAUCGUUAAAGCAUGGUAAGAGUGUUCAUGGGUGGUGCGUGAGAAAUUGUUUGAGGUUGGAGUUAAGUUUAGGGAAUGCAAUUGUUGAUAUGUACAUUAAAUGUGGAAUGCUAGCUUAUGCUCAUAGAUUUUUUGAUAAAAUGCCUGAAAGAGAUGUGUUUUCUUGGAGCUCUUUGAUUUUGGGAUAUGGAUUGAGUGGAAAUGUGAGUGUUGCUUUGUGUCUCUUUGAUCAGAUGCAUAUGAGAGGGAUCAAACCUAAUGAUGUAACAUUUCUUGGCAUCUUAUCAGCGUGUGGUCAUGGUGGCCUGGUGGAACAAGCACGGUCAUACUUCAAAAUGAUGCAAAACUAUGGACUGGUUGCUGAACUGAGACAUUAUGCUACCAUUGUUGAUUGUUUGGCGAGAGCGGGACGUUUCGAAGAGGCAGAGAAGUUUAUCAGUGAUAUACCUAUGGAACCUGAUGAAGCAGUGCUUGGUGCCAUAUUAGCAGGAUGUAGAGUUCAUAAUAAUGUUGAGGUAGGAGAACGAAUUGCAAAAAGAUUAAUAAGGUUGAAGCCAGAAAAAGCUGGAUAUUAUGUACUUUUGGCGAAUAUGUAUGCAGGAGUGGGUAGAUUCCAUGAGGCUGAGAUGGUUAGGGACUCGAUGCAAGAAAAGAAUAUGUCUAAGGUAUUUCGGAGAUUAAGGUCAACCUUUGAAGAUCUUGUUGAUAGUUCGCCUUUAUUCACCGAGUUAUCAAUUGGCGUUGUCUAUGGGAAACUUUGCGUAAAAAGCUUCAUUUUUCUACCUAACCAAGCUAACUGGCAUCUGAUCAAGGUCAGAGUGGAGAUGUUCGUCCACCAGGAACUGCGGAUGGAACCAGUGAUUCUCCAAUUGGACCCCAAAUUCCUCCGCAAGGCAAUCUGUCAUCCUUAGGUCCGCUUAGACCGGUCAUUCCGUCCUCCCAGCCUUGGAGGAGAAAUAUUUUCAACAACUUCAUGCUUGAGCAAAUCUUCAGUGGAAAUUACACUUGAAAAGGUUCGCCUCCAGUCAAAUAUCUUUCGGUUGCUUGGAAGAGGAAGAUGGGAUAAAGACCUCCAACACCUUUGUCUCAGGCUCUAAUCUUUACUUCGCAUGUCACACCUCAUAACCGACCUCCGGCCCCAGGUCUUCCUCAAAGUCCUUGGCAGCUAUCACCAGAGGACGCCAUUACUAUGUAUAAUUAGCAGGUGAAAGAGAUAAAGAAAAAAAAUAUUAUGAGUGUUCUGGCUCAAACACUUGCAAGGCAGCCUACGCUAGUAAGUACCAGCCGAGCUCUUGGAACAACUGAGCACCCCAUAGACAUUGGUUCGCUGCCGACUAUUGAUUAAAAUUAAUUCUCCUUUUUUUUC